AUGAUUGCUACGGACGUGAAGGCAGAUGAGGCAAAACGGUUAAAUCCAUCGAUUUCAGAUAUUAAAGGAUUAUACGUGGCAACACAUUGUGAAGGAGAGAUCGCUACUCAUUACAACAACAUUGGUCUUGUGUUGAAACAACAAGAUAAAUAUGAUGAAGCACUAAAAAAUUAUGAGCGUGCACUAGAAAUCAAACUCGCUCAUCCUCCACCACGUCAUCCAUCAUUGGCUACUGCUUACAGCAAUAUCAGCGGGAUUUGUCAAUCAAGAAAGGACUAUUCAAAGGCACUCUCAUUUCUUGAGAAAACUCUUGAAAUCAAACAGAAAUCGUUUCCACCGAAUCAUCCAUCGUUAAUCGCGACUCAUCGCAACAUAGCAACAGCAUUGGAUGGUCUCCAUCAAUUUGAGGAAGCUGUUCAACAUGCACAGUAUGCAGUUGAUAUUGCACGGCGUGCAUUUGGAACUGAUCAUUCGGAAGUAAAAGACAAUCAAGAGUAUCUUGAUGAACUUCGUCAAAAACUCUGA